CGCACUUUGCGUAUUCAAGUAUUCCUUCUCUCUAUCCCCCAACCCCAGCCCCACUAGUUAAAAAUUUUCCGUUGACUGAACAGAAACAAAUCUCUCCACCACUCCAACCCACACACACAAGAGAGCUCUACAUGUAUGGCGGUUUAUCUCGCCGGCGAACCUUUCUACCACGUGUAUCCGGUGUUUCUCUGAAAAGGGUCUUCGAAUCUGGGUGUAGGUAUACCUGGAGCUUCGACUUUUGUUCCCAACUGGCAAAGCGAGGGUUUCAGGAAAGCUUAAGACUGUGAACUUGAGCUGGUGCUUCUUGUUUUGUGUUUGAUUCUAUUUUUAUAAGUUCAACACAUCUGAUGCCUAAUGUUUGGUUCAGCACAGUUAAUUGGUAGGUUUAGUGGUUGAUUUGGUGUUUUGCGUUUGAUCUGUAGGUUUUUAUUAACUUAGUAUUGUUGUAUUACUGUAGAACUUCUCUGUGUGGUGUUUUUGAGAAAAAAAAAUAUGUGUAUGUUAUAAUUUGGUUUGGUGAUGCGGAGUAUUUGUAGUAAUUGAUUUUGGGGGUGGAAAUUAUGAAGAGAUUGAGGUCAAGUGAUGAUCUUCACUCGUACGGGGACAAGAGUGUCGUGAAAGAUUGGGGAAGAAGGGAUGAGGACUCUGGAUUGCAGCGCUCCUCGUCUUCUUUGCAUAGAAGCUCGUAUUACAAGUCUUCUGACAGCGGGAGAAAGGUUUUAUCUUCAUCAACAUCCAGGUAUGACCGGUUAGAAGAUGAUAGGGAGAGUUCAAGGUUGGUUCGGAAGCGAUCGGAUUAUGAUUUGGAGAAUUAUGAUAGGAGAAAGAGUUAUGAUCGGCAUAGAGAUGGGAAUGACAGGGGGAUUGUGAGCUCUUCGCCAAGGACUGGCUAUGGAAUGGAUCAGAUGCAUCGUUCUGAGAGCUUUUCUGGACCUAGGAGAGAUUUUCCAAAGGGGUUUAGGUCAGAGAGAGAUAGGCCAAAGAGGGAUGGUUUUGCUACAUCAUGGCGGAGGUUUGGAGGCGGGAAAGAUGGUGAUGAUGGGGUGAGGAAUGUCAAUGAGGCAAGCAGAGGAAGUAGAAUGGAAGCGAAGGAAAUUGGGAAGGCAAAGUCCCCACAGGGACCUCGAGAUGCAAAAUCUCCAGCUUGGUCUAAGGACUCUGGAAGUGAGCGGUCCAAGAGUGUCGAAGGAAAGAAAUCUGAAGAUAUGCCAGUGGAGAGUGGUGGCCCCAGCAGUGAACGAGAAGAAGGGGAAUUGGAACCUGAUCCACAAUCCAAUGCGCCUUUGGCUAAGCCAGUUGUUGAAGAUAAAGCUGCUGUUGAAUUGAACUCCUCUCAAGAGGAGCUCAACAAUGAAUACCAAGUUGAGAGCAAAGUUGAGCAGGAAAAAGUGAGUUUGUUGUCUGUGGAAAAUGGGGAUGCGAGUAAAAUGGGCAACUGUAGUGAGCAAGCAGAAGGUGGUUCAUCUAAGGAUGUCGAAAAUAUUCUGAACAAAAAUGAUUACUUCCCUGAUCGCCAGGGUACAUCAUUCCAAGGGGCUGGCAAAACUAAAGAUGAAAUUGAUACGGAAGGAGAAAAAGAAGGUGGAAACAAUGUAAUGGAGGGCAGAAGAGAAGGGUGUUUGGUGGAGGAGGAUGCCGACAGCACAUAUGAUGAGAAAUUAUCAUCUUUAGAGGACCAAAUGGGAAAUGAAGGUAUGAAUGUUGAAGUGAAGGCAGAUGAUACCAUCUUAACUGGAAAUAUGGAAAUAACAGCUCGAAAUGAACCUUCUAUGGAGAAAACUUCCCAGACUUUGAAGGAUAAGGGCAAAAGUAUUGCUCUAUCGCCCUCCGAAAGUAUUCAUUUCACAGAAACUAAUAUGGAGGUUGAAAACAAAUCAAGGGACCUUGAAACAAAUGGAGUCUUUGAAAUGGAAGGGCCAAGUACCAGGGGGUUUCAAUUUCUCUCAACGGAUCCGAUUAAGAAGCCUGAGAAAGUUGAGCAAUUGAUGCACAACCGGCCUAAAGAUGAUAAGUUGGCCCUUGAACUUUCCCUUAGCUUGCCAAAUGUUUUAUUGCCUAUCGGUUCUCAGAACAGAGGACAAACUCCUGGUUCUCCUAGCCGUGCCAGAAGUGUUCAGUCAUUCGCUAGCUCAUUUCGGACAAAUUCUGAAGGAUUUACAGCUUCUAUGUCUUUUUCUGGUUCUCAGCAGUUCACUCACAACCCUAGCUGUUCCCUGACUCAUAAUGUGCAUGAUUACGAGCAAUCUGUCGGUAGUAAGCCGCUGUUUCAGGGGGUGGAUUGGAAAGCUUUGUCGUCGGAGGAGAAUAAAAGUAAAGAGAAUCCAGCUUAUCAAGGAAUGUCAUCACGAGAAAAUGGCUUGCAUCAGCAAUCUCAGUUAUUUCAAGGCAACUCUACUGUACCACAUCUGAAAGUUGCAGGGGGGAGCUCCAAACUACCGAUUGGACUUGAGAGGCAAUUAAGUUUCAGUAAACAUUUAGCUGGAGCACAAGGUUUUGGCACUUAUGACAACGGACCAGAAUAUUCCAAAGAUCGGAAGCAUUUAAUGACAGAGAAAGAUAGUGGUAGUUUACAGAAAAGCAAUGACCCAGAUGGAAAGGAGCAAGAAUUGGUGGUUGGAACUGACUUUGCUGAGUCAAUAGUUACCAUGAUAGUUUCUGAACCUCUACAUACAAUGGCUCGGAGGUUUAACGACAUGACUGGAAAACAAGUGGCAUGUGUGAAAGAUUUUGUCCACGACAUCAUUUCAAAUCCGGGUAAGCAGUGGCAGCUGAUUGCUUUGCAGAAAGCAUUACAGAAAAGGCCUGAUGUUUCCCUGGAUAUGCUGCUGAAUGCACAUCGUACUCAACUGGAAAUUUUGGUGGCUUUGAAAACAGGACUUCGAGAAUUUGUACGGCAGAAAUAUGAUAUCUCAUCUUCCGAGUUGGCAGAGAUAUUUCUGAAUAUGAGAUGUAGAAAUCUCAAUUGCAAGAGUCUCCUGCCUGUGGAUGAAUGUGACUGCAAAAUAUGUGCAAAGCGGAGUGACUUUUGCCGGGAUUGCAUGUGUCUUGUAUGUUCAAAGUUUGACAAUGCAUCUAACACAUGUAGUUGGGUGGGUUGUGAUGUAUGUCUACAUUGGUGCCAUGCAGAUUGUGGGUUACGAGAAUCUCAUAUCAGAAACGGACGUAGUGCAACAGGUGCUCAAGGCACUACAGAAAUGCAGUUCUAUUGUGUUGCCUGUGAUCAUCCUUCUGAGAUGUUCGGUUUUAUAAAGGAAGUUUUCCAGAAUUUCGUGAAAGAAUGGACAGCCGAAAACCUUUCUAGAGAACUAGAAUAUGUAAGAAGAAUAUUCUCUGCCAGUGAGGAUGUAAGAGGGAAACAGCUGCAUGAAAUCGCUGUCCGGAUGCUGUCCAAAUUGGCAAAUAGGGCAGAUCUUAAGGAGGUGCAGAAUCAUAUACUCAGUUUUUUCACCGAAACGAAUUCAGACAGGCCCGUAAACAUACCAAUUGAAUCGAGAAAGGAGUUGCCAACCAAAAUCCAAGAAGGCGCUAGUGGCAUCCCUGGGUCCAGCCAAGGAGCUGGGUGGUUGAAGUCUGUUUAUCCAGAUAAGGCUCUGCGCUUGGAAAAUUCUGUCAAUUUACUUCCUGGCUUUGAUAGCAAUAGGAAUGAUAAAUACACAAUGAACAUGGAUCUCCACAAAAAUUCUCCAAAAGAACCUAUAUUUGACGAAUUGGAGAGCAUUGUGAGAAUCAAACAGGCAGAGGCAAUGAUGUUUCAAGCACGUGCUGAUGAUGCAAGAAGGGAGUCGGAAGCUCUGAAGCGAAUUUCAGUCACAAAAAAUGAAAGGAUUGAAGAAGAAUACACGAGCAGGAUCAGCAAACUGCGUUUGGCCGAAGCUGAGGAGAUGAGAAAACAGAAGGUAGAAGAGCUCCAGGCUCUUGAACGAGCAUAUCAGGAAUAUUUCAAUAUGAAAAUGAGGAUGGAAACAGAUAUCAAGGACCUUUUAUUAAAAAUGGAAGCAACUAGAAGGAAUCUUGCCACCUGAUCGACAAGUGCAGUGUUCUGGGAACUCUCUGCAUUGCUGGAAAUCCACUGGGCUGCAUCCCAGUAUUAUUCUGUGGUGGGUGCUCGACUAAGCAUGUUAAUUGGUUGUAGGUUUACUACUGCAGUUUAGUGCUAACUAGAAUAUGUACAAAGGGUAGCCAUCUCCAUUUCUUCUCCUAAAAGAUUCCUAGUUAUGAUCAGAAUCAAGGGGAGAAAUGGGCUAUCGAACUUCAUUAGUAUUAUAUUUUUUCAUCCACUAGAACCUAAAUUCAUUUUGUUUUCUCAGAAAAGAUGUCAGUCUUUUACUCGUCCG